AGCGUCCAGUUAAAGCCUAGCCGGUGCAUUUUUAUAGUCGCCUUACCGAUUGUGAGGUUAAUGAAUCAUGAAAUAUUCAUACAAAAUGCCCUUUAUACUAUUCUUGGCAAUCGAGUAUUUAGUGGAAAAGGAAAAGUUUUCGGAAACUUUGGAAAAAAAGUAAAGAAAAUCGGAUACAUUGGUGUUCUGAUAGGUUAUUCAUGUACUAAGGAGAAUCUGAACCAACAGAUGGCGCCUUGACACAGAGAAUUGUUACGGUUCACGAAAAUGCUGUCAAUUUUGGAUUUAUUUAAUAUUCGAUAUUAAAGAAAAGCUCCCCCCUUCGAUGUUUAUGUGACAUGUCCUCACCCACUCCUACUCCAUCCUUGGACGAAUUCCCCACCCCCUUGACCAUAGUGGACAUUACACUCAUCGUCGUGCUCACGCUUAUUAUCCUCAUCACUAUACUCGGCAACACUCUUAUCAUUGCUGCCGUUGCAACGACUCGACGUCUCCGAACCGUUACCAAUUACUUCGUGGUCAGUUUGGCUGCUUCUGACUUGAUGGUCGGUCUUCUGGUCAUGCCUUUUGCUGUGGUCAAGGAGGUGACAGAUGGGCUGUGGCUGUUCGGACAGGUGGCAUGCGAAUUAUGGGUCUCCCUUGAUGUCAUGCUCUGUACAGCAUCGAUUCUCAAUCUGUGCUGCAUAAGUUUGGAUAGGUAUUUCGCCAUCACACAACCCCUGGCAUAUGCUGUCAAGAGAAGCGUGCGAUUGGCCCUGAUCAUGAUUGGCGCUGUUUGGUUGGUCAGCGCUGCUAUCACUUGCCCGCCAAUCUUCGGAUGGCGCGACAGGGGGAAAACUCCUCAAAACGAUACGCAAUGUGCGUAUAUCGAUGAUCAAGGAUAUGUCAUUUACUCGGCAUUAGGUUCAUUUUACAUUCCAGCAUUUAUAAUGGUAUACGUUUACUGGCGAAUCUUUGCUGUUGCCCGCAAGAGGCAGGCAGUCCUGAUGCAGACAACGGGUACCAGCCUCAACAAGGAAAAUCAAGGUUCAGACAGCAAUUCCUCAACAAUGGGAGAUAACUCGUUACAUAAUGCGGACAACCAACGAAUUUUGAAAGAAAAUCCUCAAAUGGAUUCCGCUGGGGUGGAAGAAAUUUCACUUCCUUUAUCUCAGGUUCGAAAUGCUAGCACAAGGAGCUGUGGUGGAAGACGAAGAAGUUCGUUCUCCAUCAUGCGGUCCAACGCAUUUUUCCUAAGCAGACAGAACACUUACAACCCAAACGUUACAACUAAACUGUACCAUCAGAAAAACCACCACCAUCAUCAUGAUGAUAAAAAGGAUUGGAAUCCUGCCAACAAUGAAGAACCAUCACCAACCUUGGCGAGAAACAAAUCUCAAGAGGAUCCGGAUCAACCUUACCACUGCCAAUAUUGCCAUCCGAAAAAGGAAAGCCAGAAGACGACUCGUUUGACAAUUCGAAAAAAGGAUGGCUAUGAAAGGGCAGCAUUCCAGAGAGAACGAAGAGUAGCUAAAUCACUAAGUGUAGUCGUUGGUGGUUUCAUAAUUUGCUGGCUUCCAUUUUUCAUCGUGUACCUCAUAGAGCCAUUUUGCAAAAGUUGCGUCUUCCAUCCCACUUUGAUGGCAUGCUUAGUAUGGCUUGGGUGGGUGAACUCUGCUAUCAAUCCAUUCAUCUAUGCUAUGAAUAACAACGACUUCAAGAAAGCCUUUCUUCGUUUAACCAUCGACAAAUGCAGAUGCUGCAGAAAGACGAGGAAAGGUCACGACCCACAGCAAUUCAUUUGAAUUCUGACGCUUUUUGGCGUCAUUCUAAACUAAAUUAUGAAGAAGGAAGCAAAGCUUUAUGGCCAUAUGAAAUGGCAAGUAACUGCGGAAGAUUCUUCCUUGACUAUUAUCCUUUUCUCGACACAGCAACUUUCACAGAGGUUUCUGUAAGUUUUUUUCUUCAUCGGCUGUUUUGAAGAAAAAGAAUGAUUGUCGGAUUGAUGAACCAAUUUCCAUUGGAGUUGAUGUUGCAUUCCAAUGCAAGAUUGUUUCAAAGCCAUAUGAAAUGGCUAUGUGAUAAAAUGUAUCCAAGUUACUAUUUAUAAUUGAUAUAAUUAAAUCCAAUCAGUGACCCUGAGUUAUUGCCCAGAAACUAACUAAAGUGCAAUUCGAUUAAAAGAAGUGGAGUCCAUGAAGUCAAAAUAAUAAAAAAAAAACAAGAAACAGCUAUAAUGCAAGUUAUAAAGGGGAACUACAUCCAUUUUGAAAUGUGUUCAUGAAAUGGCUAAAUCUCUUGUCGGAGAACUUUUUGUCUGAGCAGAAAAAUCCUCGAUUCACUUUUCUACUCAUCCGCAUUUAUUUACUCAAUGCGUGAAAGAAACAUACAUCUAAGAUUUUUCAAAAAAUGCUUGUAGUUCCUACCAUUUAGGAAAACAACUUGGGGUUUUUUUAUGUUACAAAAUAAGUGUUUUAUUCUAUACAAGCAUAGCACAACAUGAAACACAAGACAAACAACAUUGAUGCAAUUUAAAGACAUUCGAAUAUCAACGAGUGGAAAAAAAUUCAUCAUUUAAUUGUUAGUUAUUCUAGUCACUUGUAUAUGAUAUAACAAUGCAGUCUGACUUUUACAUAUUUUUGUUAUACUGUUCUUAAGCAGACGAUACGUGUUUCAAAUUGCCUUUAACACUUCCAUUCCCAAAAACGAAAGAAAGAACAUGACUAAUUUAUAGAAUGUUGUUAUUGUAGAAUUUCAUUUUGUCAGUGUUACUUGUUUAUUGUACAACAUAUACUUCUCACAAAAAUUUAGGGCAUUAAUGUUGUAUUUCUCCGAUGAAUCUUUCCUUUUUUGCUUCGACUUUUAUAACUCUUCAAGUCGUCACUUUUCCAUAUCAGCGUUGAGCAUUUUCCAUUUAGUAGAGAAUUAAAGCUUGUUAGCUAAACUGUUAGUAUAUGUAUGCCAUCACUGUUCCGUUCAACUAAUUUAUGUUCCUAAUUUUUGUGAGUAGUUUAUUUACAUAAAUAUUCAGUAAAUAACAGAGUGAUUUUUGCUUCGAAUCUUCGAGUUUAUUUAUUUUUUUCAUCCAAUAUAUAAUGAAUGAUU